AAACUGUAAAGGAUGCUCUUUGGAAGAGUUGCUGUUGUCACACUGACAGGAGCAGAUAGACCAACAGCUAGUGAUGAGAUCGUAUUAGAAGCCUCUAACCUUCUCCUUCAAUCAGGUGCUAAGGUAUGCCUUGUCGAUGUUUUUAAUGGAGCCUGUUCUGCUCUAAAAUCAAGGUGUGAUGCUUUGGAGAAAAAAUACGGUGCAAAUAAUGUUGGUUAUAUUUCCUGUGAUAUUAUGAAUGAUACUGAUGCUUUGAGAAGAGCUUUUAAGAAGGCUUUUGAACAUUUUGGUUCAUUAGACAUUGUCAUCAAUAACUUUUAUGUAUACGACGAAGAAAAUUUGGAAAAACUACUGAAGAUAAAUUUACAAUCUGUCAUUAGUGGGACUUACAAUGCAAUGGAGCUAAUGUCACCUGAUAAAGGAGCAGUGAUAGUUAAUGUAUCAUCAAUGGCUGGUUAGUUAUAGAGUAGU